GCAGGGCUGCUCUUAAUGAGUUCCCUUCCCAGUCUACGCGCGUACCUGGGAUUGCCCUCACACAAGCGCAACUCCCUGCUUUUGUUUGCGUGCUUGCAUGUUCUGGAGAGGAAGUAUCUUGAAAAAGAAACAAGCAAAAAAAAUCAGUGAUGCCAUCUUCUGAAGACACAAAGAUCACAGUGUAACAGAUCUUACUACAAGAAGCUGUUCUGCACAGUACUGUUCGCUAAUGAGUUGCAGCGUUCUGAGCGGCACAGCUGACAGCGCCGUCUCCCAGGCCCCCGCACGCUGCCUGCCGGCGCCCUGCAGCCCCCCCGGCCCGGAAAGUCCCGCCCGCUGCUAACAUGGCUGCCACUGCGGCCGUGAAGAUUGGAAUUAUUGGUGGAACUGGCCUGGACGAUCCAGAUAUCUUAGAAGAAAGAACAGAAAAAUAUGUUGAUACUCCCUAUGGCAAGCCAUCGGAUGCUUUGAUACUGGGAAAGAUAAAAAAUGUGGACUGUGUGCUGUUGGCAAGACAUGGAAGGCAUCAUACAAUUAUGCCAUCAAAUGUAAAUUAUCGUGCCAAUAUCUGGGCAUUAAAAGAAGAGAACUGUUCGCACAUUCUAGUGACUACUGCCUGUGGUUCAUUACGAGAAGAAAUACAGCCUGGGGAUCUUGUCAUAAUUGACCAGUUCAUUGAUAGGACAACUAAAAGGCAUUGUACCUUAUAUGAUGGUCAAUCUUGCAGUCUCUCGGGAGUAUGUCAUAUUCCAAUGUCAGAGCCAUUCUGCACCAAAACCAGAGAGGUUCUCAUUGAGAUUGCAAAGAAACUUGGGCUCCAAUGUCAUUCCAAGGGGACAAUGAUCACCAUUGAAGGCCCACGUUUCAGUUCUCGAGCAGAGAGCUUGAUGUUUCGCAGCUGGGGAGCUGAUGUUAUCAACAUGACCACUGUGCCUGAAGUGAUUCUUGCAAAAGAAGCUGGAAUGAGUUAUGCAAGUAUUGCUAUGGCAACAGAUUAUGACUGCUGGAAGGAGCAUGAAGAAGCAGUUUCAGUGGAUAAAGUUUUAAAGACGCUGAAAGAAAAUGCGAACAAGGCUACUAGCAUACUCCUGACUGCUAUACCUCAGAUAGGCUCCAUGGAAUGGACAGACACCCUGCACGCCCUGAAAACGACUGCGCAGUGUUCAGUCAUUCUGCCAAAGCAGUAGCUGCCUGGAUGGACUCUGAAGUUUGGAUCAUCGUGAGGAAUGGGCUACUUUUGAAUUUUCAUAUGUUAUAUGUUCGAAAACUGUUCAAAGCUUGUUAGAAUGGAGUAAACCUUAAUCAAUAAUAUUGUGUAAGUCAGCUUUUUAAAUGGCUAAAGUUGGAUUUUAAGUAUGUUUUUCUAUCAGACCUCAUGGAACUGAAGAAAGCAGAUUCAUUUGCCUAUAUGUUAAUUGCAUUGCUAUUUCUACCUCUUAUUAUUUCCUUCAGCAAUGGCAGUAGUUGUCAUUCAUCUCAGAAACAAUCCAGAAUCAAGUUGAAUGUGGCUUUUCAAAAUAAACUGUUUUUUAUACGUGAUACAUAUUUUCAUUUCAUUAUUUUUUUUUAAUACGUAGUUUUUUUUCAGUAGUGUGCUAGAAGAAAUAGUUUAAUAAUCAUGGUUCUUUCGCAGCAGCAGCUAAUGAGCAGUUAAAACAUUAGCAAAUGCCUAAGCCAAGUUUGUGCCUGGAGAUGUACUUAUGUAACUUGUAGAAGUAUAUGAAAAGAUACCUUGCUGCCAUGCCUGCCCACUGUGUUGGCCUUCUGCUGCUUCACUGGUCUGAGCAACUCUGUCUGGAGUUUAUGUUUCAAGUGAAGAAUGUAUUGAGUGCUUUGAACGUAUGUAUUCAUUCAUACAAUGUUGUAUCAAUCAAAUAACCUUCUGUUUCUUGUUUAAAAAAUAAAUCAAAUAAAACGUAUGCUUCUCCAAA